AUGCCGCUCAAACGGGUACUGGCCGCCAUCGCCAUCGCCAUCUGUUGCCUCUUGGCCACUUCCUGCAGAGCCGAGGACAUCGAGGCCAUUUCCAGCAAGGCCGCGGACAAGGUCGAGGCCAUCCCCAUCCCCAUACCCACAUCCACCACCAGCAUCAGCACCAAGCUGACCCCCACCAUCGCGGAGGACUCCAAGAGCAGGACGGAGAAGCGCGACUCAUCGGAUCAGACAGGUGGUCCGUACUUGAGCCUAUCGAGCAAAGACCCGCCGUUCCGACCGUAUUACCCAGCCGGCAGCCAAUUUGAGGCGGAGACGCCCACGCCCAUCUUCGGACCCACCACGCUGCGCUACACGGCGGCGGAGGCGGCAGCAGCGGCACCACAGCCACAGGCAUUCUACGGGCAGAAGGCGCCACCGCAGCACCACCGCUUCAGCUUUGCAGUGCCGCCGCAAGUGGAAUCCUAUCAGCGACAAGUCGCGUUUAAGCCAGCUGCCCCCUCGACGCAGCCACAUCAGCAUUCGCAUUCGCAUUCGCAUCCGCAUCAGCAUCAGCAGCCGAUUUUCAAUUACGGCGAACUUGAGCCGGAGGCGAGGGCCACCGCACCACUGACCCACCACCAGCUGCAGCAGCAGCAGCACCUCCCACAGCACCACCUAAGCCAGCAGGCGAAGUACCUGCAGCAGCCGCAGCAAAAGUUGCAGCAGCGCAUCCAGUACAUAAUCGCCAUACCUCUAUCCUACAUGCGGCAGUUGCAGCAGCAGCAGCAACAGCUCCAACAGCAGCAGCAGCAGCAUCAGUUGAUCUUGGGUCCGCCGCCCACCAGUAGUAGUAGUAGUAGCAGCACCAGCACCAGCACUAGCACUAGCACCACCAGCACGGCACCACCGUCAGCAAGCCCGGCAAACGGUAAGCAUCCGUUGGUGCAGCUGCUGGGUCCGCUGGCCCGCGACCAUCAGGGUCAGUACAAGCCCUACUACCAGUCGGAUGCAGCCAGUGCACCACUGGCGGGACCCGGUGCACCGCUGAUCCACCAGCCGUACUUGCAAAUACCCACCAGCCUGCUGAUGGCCGCCGCCCAGCAGCUGCAGCAGCAACAACAACAGGCUGUUUACGCCAAAGUGGCAGCCCCACCUGCACCACCGGCACCACCCAGCUACCAGCCCGCCCAACUGAUCUACCAGCCGCAGGCACAGGCGCACCACCACCAGCCGCAGAUCCAACUGCAGCUGCAGCGGAUCUUCCUGCAACCACCGCAGCCUCAGCAAUCCACCAUCUACGCCGAGCAACCAGCUCCACUUUAUGCGUAUCCGCUGCAGCAGCAACACCACCAGCAGUACCAGAAGCCGCACCAGCAACAGCCCCUGAAACAGGCGCAUCAGUCGCAGCAGCAACACAAAUACACGCCUGCAGCGCCGACAUCUCCGACAGCAUUGACAACAUCAACAACGAGCACCGCAGCAACAUCAGCUGCAGCAGCAACAGCAGCGGCAUCAGGAACACCACAGGCUGCCGCAGCAGCAGCAGCAAUAGCGACACGACAGCAACACUUGCCCCUGGUGCACUACAAUCCCAUUUACGUGCAGGCACCCGCCGAGCAGCAGCAUCAGCAGCAGCAUCAAUUUGCCAUAUUGCCACGUUUUAGCAAUGGUAACCCCAAGGCCGUUUACAGCCUGGCCCACGAGUCAGCGGGAGCGGGGCCAGGAACGGGAAUAGGAGCGGGAGCGGGAGCGGGAGCGGCAGCGGGUCCCAUUCACGUGGUCAGAUUGUCGGCGGCAAAUGGGCCCCCGAUCCAUCACUACCACCUCUACCAGCCGACGCCUAUGCUGCAGCCGCUCUAUGGCCAUGCCCCGCAGCAGUAUGUGUCGUCCUAUGCGACCGGCGACAAAGUGCAAGGUCCCAAGUCGCAGGUACCCGUUUCCGGUUCCGGUUCGAGCUCCGGCUCCCUUUUGGCCGGACCCACGCCAUCGCCCCUCAUGACCGCGGCCUCGCCGGCCAUUAUACCAUACUUCAGCCAUCCGGGCGCCGUGCAUUAUGGCACGCAUUUGUACCAUCCGGGCGCAGCAACAGCAUUGGGUGCAACAGCAUCGGCCACAUCAGCAGUAGCAGCUGGGCCCAGAGCAGCAGGACCAAAGCAACAGUCGACCGCAACAAGUGGGGGACAGCUGCCAGGUGACAGCAACAAUAUUGUGAAAUAUCCCUAGGGCGAUCAAAGCAACAAUGACAGCGGCAGCAGCAGCAACACAAUCGCCGCCAGGAGCAACAUCACCACCCAUCACCCAUCACCCAUCGCCAUCGGCGAGGAUGGAGCUAAGCUUUAAGCUCGGUUUCAGGACCCGGCAACUGGAGCAGCCAGGACCUUCCACUCCGCCCGGCGACCUGUGUUCGGAUUUCCCAUUUGUUAUACGCUCUUGCUGCUCCUGUUUUCGGUACGUUGUACGCUAAUUACGUAUUUUACUCGAUUUCAAAAACCCCCUUUGGAGCCCAAGCUCCUCCCUGUUGUUAUGCAAAUGCGGUGCCUUGGCGUUUGCUUUUCCCACUUUUAAUGAGUUCGCCCGUACUCGACGGUUUUUGCGCUCGUUCGGUUUUUGUGUAAAUAUUUAAGAAAUUUUCCAAUAGACUCGCCAAAUAAAUAUUUGCCUAAGCCUACAUAUACGUACGUCUCCGCUGUUUUAGCCCAAGAACUCGUUAUUUGUAUGUUAAUAUUAACAAUUAUACUCACAAUUAAACUCAUUCUAUAAACUGGAAACGCUUCGUUUCAUUCGGUAAAGGAGUAAGUAAAAUCCGUUAAAUGCGAUUUUUUUAUUUGUUAUAUCCGUGAGACUAUAAUCGC